AUGUCGGCUAAGAAGGAUACUCAAAGUACUAAGGAGCACGAAAAAUUGAAGGCCAUUCCAUUGGAGAGCUUUCUAAAGUAUGCCAAUGCGUUCUAUUUAUCGAUUGGAAUGCAGGCCUACGAUCACAAGUUUGGUGAAAAGUGGAAGAUGGUCCUGCUCCGUUGGACUUUCAUAGCCCAGAUGGUCAACCUGAACGCCGUGCUCGUUUCGGAGCUGAUUUAUGUUUUCCUGGCUAUCGGCAAAGGUAGCAAUUUUCUGGAGGCCACGAUGAAUCUGUCCUUCAUUGGAUUUGUCAUCGUUGGUGACCUCAAAAUCUGGUACAUUUCACGACAAAAGAAUAGACUCACCCAUGUCGUCAACCGAUUGGAGCAAAUGCAUCCGGAAAGCGUGGCUCAACAAAAGCCCUUUAAUAUGGAGUUUCAUCUGCGUGGCUAUAGCCGAUAUAGCAAAUUUUACUUUGGCAUGCAUCUGGUGCUGAUCUGGACGUACAACCUCUAUUGGGCGGUCUACUAUCUGGUCUGUGAUUUCUGGCUGGGAAUACGUCAGUUUGAGAGGAUGCUGCCCUACUACUGCUGGGUUCCCUGGGAUUGGAGCACCGGAUAUAGCUACUACUUCAUGUACAUCUCGCAUAAUAUCGGUGGUCAAGCCUGUCUGUCUGGUCAGCUAGCAGCGGACAUGCUAAUGUGCGCCCUGGUCACUCUGGUGGUGAUGCACUUCAUCCGUCUUUCCGCUCACAUCGAGGGUCAUGUCGCGGGCAUUGCUCCAUACCAGCGGGACUUGGAGUUCCUCCAGUCGACGGUGGCCUAUCACCAGAGGCUGAUCCAGCUCUGUCAGGACAUCAAUGAUAUCUUUGGUGUAUCGCUGCUGUCCAACUUCGUGUCCUCGUCGUUUAUCAUCUGCUUUGUGGGAUUCCAGAUGACCAUUGGCAGCAAGAUCGACAACCUGGUAAUGCUCGUCCUUUUCCUAUUUUGUGCAAUGGUUCAGGUCUUCAUGAUAGCCACCCAUGCGCAGAGGCUCGUUGAUGCCAGCGAGCAGAUUGGGCAGGCGGUGUACAACCAUGACUGGUUCUUUGCUGAUCUGCGGUAUCGUAAGAUGCUGAUCCUGAUUGUUAAGAGGGCCCAGCAGCCGAGUCGACUUAAGGCCACUAGGUUCCUGAACGUCUCACUGGUCACCGUAACGGAUCUUUUGCAGCUCUCGUACAAAUUCUUUGCCCUUCUGCGCACAAUGUACGUGAAUUAGUUGGCAUUUGUGAUUAUGGCCACAAUUUCAAUUUAACGGCCAACAUCAUGUGGCAGUGACAUUGUGCCAAAAAGGACAAAAGGGGCAAAUCAUCGCCAGCCAAUAACUUACGCCAUUUUCAGUACAGAGCUGUGGUUUUUAAUUAAAGUAGUAGCUCAAAUGAUUACCGCGAUUCGCAGGUCAUGGAGCAAAUCGAAGAGCAGUCAACUAACCGCUAUAGAAAUGAUUAAUUAUCGCCAUUUCGCUUGCACAAAGGACCAGUGCCAGUGCCAGAUGCCAGACAAAUCACCGCUGCUUUUACAAUUAGCGACUUCCCCGAAACCCUUGCAAUUCACCUGAGUUUCGCACUUUUGGACCCCUUGAAUUAGGGAUCUCCCUAAUAAUUCACUUUCCUACAACGCUAGAUUUGAUCUAGACUAACACCUGAAUAAUCGUAGUAAAAAAACGAACUUCAAACUUAGGAAUAAUUUGUCUGCUACGCAAUUACAUUUUCCAUUUUUCCAUCCUUUUUUCAAAUCAAUCGCA